AUGUUUGGAAAUUGCACAAAAUUUUGUCACAACUAUUUUAUCAAGAGCAAGAAAAUCUGUGAGAUCAUUGUAGCGCCGAAAAUACUCUUUUAUCGUCACAAACAGAAACUGUUUCUGAAAAUCAUCGCACUGCGCAAAAUAUUAUUUAAUGGUAGAAGACGAUGAAAUUCUUGCAAGUCUUUUUAGAUAUUUCAACUCAGCCGCGGCGCAUGGAUCUGAUGUGUGCCAGAGGCCACGCUGACGAGCUGCAAAUGGAUUUUUUGAAUCAAUUUUUCAAAAGAUUUUAGAGCGGAAGGCCGAGUGAAACUAGUGAAGUGUAGGCAUGCCGAGGACAAAAGAUGACACGUUAUGUUCUCCGAUAUGUUUUUAUUUUGUUCCGAAGGCAGAAAAUUUUGCUUUUCCUGUACAUUUCAUUGAUUUGUUUGGUGUUUAUUGUGACAAGACGGGAAGAGAACACUCAUCGUGGGAGAUGGUACCACAGACAUUCAACCUUUGUAGAUAACAAAAAUGACGGCGUAUACACCAGCUCAAAAUUAGUAACAAAAUAUUUUAUAGCAAAGGAAACCGAAAUGAUACAAGACUCUCAUGAUCUCAAACCCGCACAUGAUUGUGGUGAACAUUCCUCCUACCCUUGUGACGGGAGGCGAGAUGAGAAUUAUUCAGUUUUGGAAUUUAGUGAACCGAAACUGACUAGCGCAACAAAACUUGCGCUUGACUUGAACAAAAAACGUAAAAAUUAUAAUGAAGAUUUAUUUUUUAAGAAACAAAAUAUGUCAAGCAGCAGUCAUGAAAAAUCUAAUAUAAUAAAUUCAAUCGACAAAUUUGAUGUUUCCUCUGGGCGCAAAGACAGAAAGAUCGCGAGAAACAAUGAAACUGAUACCAACCCCGAGUUUCUUUUGAAGCAAACCGUAAAAGUCACUCAGCGGGGAGCGUCCAAAAGAAAAAGAAGCCGCAGAUUAAAAAUUCGCGAAGCUGAGCUUCUGAGGCGACAGCAGCCGCCAUUUACUGAUGACAAUUCCUUGCUUGCCGAGCGACAAUUCGAGACGAUUUUCGGCGAUUCAGAACAUUUCGUGGACCGAGAAACCAAUCUUAUAAUGGACAAUAUUUUGAGAACAGACAUUACGUCGCUUCUCAGCAAUCCGGAGAAAGUGGAGGCCAUUACCUACAACGCUGCGGCCGUAAUGAAGAAAGUCGUAACUCGGCGGAACUUGCCGCUGGACGAAGUCAGGCGCCUGAGAUGGGGAGACAUUGCUCGCCAAGUUACUUUCGAGAUCAGGCCUAACUCUCUUAUUCCCACAAAUGAAAAGAAAUUGCUCUGGGGCAGGAAGCACGCUCACUGGGGAGGAACAAAAGCUAGAAGAAGUGGGAAGAGUAUUAGAUACAAUUCUACUCUGAGCAACUUACAUUCUGAUGCCACCCGCCCGUCUCACCUUACCGAGGCCCCGACGAUCUCGAGAGCCAUCAUGGACAAGUAUCUUACUGACACGCGACGACAGAUCAUACAGUCAGGAGACGUUGAGAUCUUAAGCAGGGAAGAUAUUUAUGAGGUUAAUGACGAUCCGUUGGUGGUUCAUGAGCCAAGCAAAGAGGAUCAGCUGGUGGCAGAAGAUCUAAGCACUCCGCCCGCUUCUCAAUGUUGCCUCAGCAACAGACACGUGCUGCCCCACAAUCAGAAGUUACGGGAAGAUUAUCCCGGCACAGGAGGCUACGGGCAACAAGUUAGAGAUUAUGACUCGGACGCGGAUCAGGCCGCCCUAGAAACCUACGCUUCUACUGAGAAUAAGAAUUUAUUUGGCUCAAACAAUGUAACUUCAGAUGGAUUGUAUGUUAAAUUCAACUCUACUGACAUCAAAUCAGAUAACAAAACAAAGGCGAGACUGGAUUUUCACCGCAAUGCGGUCGAUUUCCCCUUGCCCAGAGGCAAUCAAAAUCAGGAUGAUGAGGUGCAGAGCGCGAGUAGAAGUGAUGCAGACGAGGUAGGAGGAGGACACUGGGACGAUGACGUCUGGAUUGCCAAUACAGACCUGCCUGCUACAUCAGCUUUCUUCUUCACAGUCGCCCCGAGUUUCGCUCCCAGAAGAGCUGUCCAAGAACCUAUUAGCAUCAAAGAAAUCACAGCUGAGAGAAGACGCAGUUCUCGACCAGAUUAUUUCUUACGGCAGCUCGUGACAAGAAGCGACCGCGCAAGCUUGCAGCAAGAGAAGUCCCAGCGAAACAUCAGUCAUCCAAGAUGGUCAAAAAACGCGGAAAACUCGUCGCUCCGGCGAUCAAAUAUUGAAAAAACAGAGCUCUCAACUGGAAGAUUCAUGGACAGAGGCCCAAAAGCAGUGCCUUCUUCUAAAAAAUUCACUGUUAGUUCCGAGGGAUUUUUGAUACCAAGUGUGUCACCAACUCGAAGAAAAGAAGUCGAUACGAUUACUGACAGAAUAACGGGAAAACCGACGUCACCACAUAAUGGCCCUGAAGAAUUUUUUACAAACGAUGAUGCAGUCGCAAAAGUCCACAACCUGACAAUCAAUUAUGAUAGCUUCCGCAUAAAAAAAGUUCCCUUCGAACACGAACUGGAGCCGCGGUACCAGAUUUUCUUCAAGGAUCGGGCGUUACUGCAGUGGGACUAUACGAGACCUGCCUUCUUCCCAUGGAAAGGGAUUCCGGAUUACUGCAGCAAUUAUGCAGUGAGGUUUUUGAAGCCCGGCAGCGCCCCUCGCACGCUGCUCGUGAGCUAUCAAUGA